AGUCGGUAAAGUAAGACUCCCCUGAGGGGGUAGCCCGAAGGCAGUGAAAGGUUCAGUAGUUGCGCCGCGGCCCAAGGGGGCGAAAACGACCGGAGGAACGCUCUGGAGGCUGUUUAUAGUCCUGUCAGGACGGCGUUGGGAGGGCAGCCGAGGCGGAGGCCUGAGGGUUCCUUGGAUGAUGGCACACUGAGAAACUUCCUCUGAGCCCAGGCCCCAUGGCAUCCCAAGACAAAGAUGUGGGGCCCUCACUGCCCUCUCCGUGGGCCUCCCAGAUGGGGCCCUGGGAGGCCAUUCUUGAGGCUGUCAGGGAGCACCUUCCGUCUCUGGACUCGGAUUCCUCUUUGUCAGACUGCGGAGAAGAGGACCUGUUCAUCUACCAGCGAAAUCAAACCACCCUGAUUCCAGACUUGUCAGAGGAGCUGGCUGAAGACCCUGAUGGGGCCUGGGUCGCUCCGGCCAAUAGGUCUCCUCCUGAGCCCCUGGUGGUACCUGUGGAGUUCUCAGCAGAGCCCUGGGGUGAAUGGAAUGUCAGGAUGAAGGAAGGAAAGGACCCUGGCCAGCCCUUGGAGAGUGGUGGUGAGAGCAGCUCUCUUAGGAUGCCUGAGGAGACCCCCACAUGGCAGGAAGGUGACCUUGGAGACAUGUCUUUCAACACCAAAGGAUCCCCGAGUCCUCCUUGGGGGCCGCAGGGAGAAGCCACCCUCUGUCUCUCAGAAGAAGACCUGAGGAUGGACCCAAAUGCUGUCCCCUGUGUUCAGAAGGGCUCAGACUCUGCAAACCGGAGAACCCUCCGAAAAGAGAGAAGGAAGAUGAUCGAGAGAGACUUACUUCAUAAAGUCACCUGGGGUGCCAGGGGCCCUACCUGCAGUGACCACAGCCAAGUGAAGGAGACACCCUGUGAAUCUGCAUCCACAGGUCCGAGACCAGGAACGUCAUCACAGGGGCCCCGGGAAGGCCUGCCAGUGCUCUCCCUCGAGCCACUUGAAGAGUGGGAUUUGGAUCACAUCCUUCAGAGUCUGGCUGGACAAGAAGACGACCGGGGAGAUGGAGCACCUAGAGGAGUGUGGUGGGCAGCUGAUCACUUCCAGGGCCCAGAUCAUGCCGAGCCCAGCGCCCAGGACAGGCUCAUGGAACAGCUCACCCUCCUAUGUGCCAAGCAAUUCAGAGCCUCUUCCUCUGCCUGGAAGGUGCCUGCAGACAUGCGCCCGGACAAUGAGCAGCUGGAGGCCAGAAGCAGAUGUGCUUUGGUGGAGCUGAGUCAGCGUCGGCAAAGGAACCCAGCGGAGCCUCCCACCAUCUUCCUCGAUCUGAGGCCCACAGAGCCAUCAGACCAGGGGGCAUUGGAAAGCUUCAGCUCCGGCUCCAGCUCCAGCUCCAGCUCUUCUGACAGCGAGGAGGCAGGGGAAGAGGAGACAGCUGCUCGGAGAGACUGGCAAGGCCCAGGGGGGCUAUGGGACUGUACUGGGAAAAGCCAGCUUCUCCAGCAGCUCAGGGCCUUUCGGAAGGGGAUGGCUCAGCCCCAGUGGCCUGCCAACAAGGUUCCUAGGAGCAAGAAGGCUCCUGAAGAUCCAGCUGGAUCUGGGGCUGGAAGGAAGCAACCUGUAACACUCUGAGGCAGGCACAAUGCCCUGGCCAGACACUCAGGAGGAAGUCCUGGGGCCCUCGGGGACCCUCUUGGGCCAGGGAUAGUCAGAGGCCCUGGUAUCUCCUCUGGGCCAACUGUAAAUGCCUCUGGGACUGGAUCUGGGGAGGUUAUUGGGAUGGGUUGACUCAGUCAACACACCCAGGUCUGAUGGUCCCUUCACUCUCCCGUUUCCGUUAGCAGGUGUUUUUGCAGUGCAGGGCCUCUCAGACUGGACCCGUCACCUAGCUCUCUGUUAGAAUUUGGUCAGAACAUUUUAAUGCAUUUACAGCAGAGAUCCCAGCACGAACUUAUACACUGUACAGCAUGAAGACAACUCAGGUGACCCUACUCCUCUGAGAGGACCUGGAAGGAAAGCCCAUGAAGACAAUGGUUUUGUUCUGAUGAGCUGCGAGCCUAUACAUCUUUGUCCAUUUCUGUAUCUUUUCCAUUGAUGUACAUCUGUUAUUUUCAUCAUACAAGGUCCUUUUAAAAACUGUAAAAACAUACUUACAGACUUUCAGGGUGGAAAGGGUCUUGAAAGAGAAUUUAGCCUGAUUUUCUGGGUCCCUGGAUACUCGCUAGUUUGUGUACUUACCACACCACACACACACUAAAUGAACUUUUGAGAUUUCUCUUUUUUCUUUAAGACACAAAGGCACAUAGAGGUUCUACGGUUAUUCCAAACUAAAGGUGAAGUUGGCCUUUAAAUACAGAGAGAAUAUUGAAUGCUCCAACACCCAAAACUGUCCUCAUUUCCUAAGGUAUCCUUGUGGAGAGCCAGCAAGAGCUGAGGAACUCCCGAGUCUCUCACCCUGUUUCUUUGCAAGCAUUAUCCUCCACCCCCCACCCUCAUUUUCAUAGUCCCUUCAUAACAGGCUGAAGCCCUGAUACAUGGCACCUCUAUUCCCUCCCCAACUUGUUUCUAAGAUUUUGCUCGUCAGUCUCCCACCCCACUCCUCGCCUGCCCAUGGGUAGAGCAGGAAAGUCAUCUGGGGUCUUCCCAUGCUGUGGACUGGGGUGGUCCAGCAGGGUCCUUGGCAUUUGGGUGCAUGUUCCAGCACUCAGCUAGGGUCACAGUUGGCUGCCAUCUGCUGAGGGUGGGCAAGGGUCUCUUCCCAUUUAGCUCUGCACCACGCAAGACAGGCCCUGCAGGGCCUCAGCCAGCCACAGGAAGUCACGAUCAGGGCCACAGACACUACUAUCUGGCCACAGGGUUCCCACAACCAGCCCCCACUCACAACAAUGAAGGGCAUUUUCAUUAGAAGCCAGAUGCAACAGGGGCUUCCACAAGGCCAUAGGAACCCCCAAGGAGACGUUCCUGCAGAAAAGGUGGCAGGUUGCUGUUGCCUGGGGUCCCCAAGCCCUGUCCCACCUGUGGAGGCCCCACACCCUCAGUUCUGGGGCACACACAGGACAGGGCAGCCUCAGUGCUACACACCUCCACCUGUGCUGCCAGCCUAGCUGUCAAGAGCAAAGGCCAUUUUUUUUCCUUUAACCCCAUUUCCCCCAUCUCUACCCCUUUUAAUGCCAGUAAGUUCAUUUAGGGUGUUUCACAGUAAUAGAAAAGAAACUUUGUUCCAAGUUCAACUUUGAAUUAUUCUGUCAAAGCAAGCUGGAUGAGGCUGUGGGAGUUUACACCUGGAUUGAAAGCCUGUUCCACCACUUGGAUAAGAUUCUUAGAGGUCUCAUGGCUUCAGUUUCCCCAUCUAUAAAAGACUAAUGAAAGGUCCUACAUCAUAGCACUGCAUGUUCCAUAUCAUGGACAGGCACGUGAUGGGCCCAUCUAUCAGACCAGGAAGAGGACAGCCUCCUCCGGCACCAGGCGGGGCCUGAGAGAAGUGAGCUGGGGCUCUUGGCUGUGUGUAUGUGGGGGCGGGUUGUCGGCAGUGUUGGACCAGCUGGAUCUGGCUGGGUAUACGUGUCCUACGAGAGCUCUGGAAGCUGGCCUAGAAGGUAAAAACCAUCUUUAAACUAGGCGACCCCAUUCUCCAGCGAAUAUGCAGGACAGAGCACAAUGGGGCUGGGAGGAGGACUGACAAUUUAUUAAGGGAGAACUGUCAUACGCCCUGGAACCUGGGUUGUGUAGAAAGGUGAAAAUGUAUACAGCAAUUAAGUGACAAAACAGUGGAGCAUCAAGAACUAGCAUGAGAGCCAACGCCACCCAGUAAUAAGGAACAGUCACACUUCUGGAUAAAAUAUUCUAGAACCAGUGACUUCAGCAGCUGCCCUAUGACUCCAGAGAUGACUAAACUGGACAAGGACUCUAUACCUCUUCCCUCAGCCACUCAUGAGACCGUGGAUAUAAAGAGGCAUGCCUGCCUCAGACAAAGUAGGGCAACCAAGACUGGCCUGUAUCCUGGAACACGGCCACUUGGGGCUGGCGCAGAGGCAGCCCUGGACCCUUACCCUGGGAGGAUGGCAGGGCCAGUCAAAUCCCCAGGCUUCCUCAUGGGUUGGGGAGGUCUGGAGAUGGAGUCAGGCAUCCAUCCUACGAAACUGGAUCUUCAAAGGUAACACCCAAAUCACCCCCAUCUCCCUUUUUAAAAAUUUAUUUUUAUUGAUUUCAGAAAGGGAGAGGGG